CCGGAUUUUCUUUCUGAUGAACCACCAUGAGAGUUAAUCUCAGUUUCUUCAAUACUUGAACAUCAAAUCUCCAUUUAUUUUUCGAUGAAUCCGUGUCCCUCAGUCUUAUCCGUGCUCACCUCACUUUCUUGGCGGAUAUGGCUGUGUUUCCCUAAAUCCAUUUGAUCUUCAGUGUACCUCCGUCUCCCAAGGUGGUACGGCAUUGGACAAUGGAACAUACAACACCUUCCUUUUGGACUGAUCCUCAAAUAUACCCACAAUAGGCCCCCAGAAAUUGAAGCCAACAACAUAAACUUUAUCCGCAAAAACACAUCCAUUCCCGUUCCCCUUAUUCUUGACGUCCUUCCCGACAUCUCCAUGGACCAAUUCCCAGAUGGGCUGAUCCUUAUGAAAAAAAUCAAAGGAGUCACCCUUCAAGAUUGGUUGUGGACUAGGACCAAAUACUCACCCGAGUUCCACUAUUAUCUCACGCUUCUAGAAGGCCCUCCCCACAUGCGAGGCACCCAGACCGUCAAGGAAAUAUCGGAAAUUCUUCGCACUUUUAAUCCGGCCCUCGAUAUUUCAGGCGGUGCUCAACUUAUCGACGACCUGAAACAGGCUCUCACAGAAUUUCGUUCCAUUCCUCCCCCUCCUUCGGGUCAAGUGUCUGGACCUCAUGGUUCACCAUUCAUCUACAUGCGCUGUACAGAUCGUUGCGUGCUGCAGCCUUUCAAAAACAUCCGUGCUUUCCAUGACAUGCUACUCGCGGACGUGUCAUGGGAAAGCCGCAUGCCUCGAUUGCUCCAGCUCUCCGCUCCUGUAUACGAUAAGCCGCACAGGCUUUGUUUCUCCCACUGUGAUCUUAAUAAAACGAAUAUUAUCGUCAGUGAGGAUAAUCGGUUGGCAGCCAUCAUCGACUGGGAAGCCGCAGGGUGGUUUCCCGAGUACUGGGAGUUUAUGAUGACGGAAAGACAGAGUAUGGGAUCAGACGUGAUGCAAACAUUUUGGAAUGCCAUUGGUGUUCUUGGAAAAGGCCUCUAUGAUAAGGGGUUGGAACUGGAGCGGGCACUCUGGCGUAGUACUGGAGAUAUGUCUGUACCUCCUGGCGUUAUACCUGAUGAUCCUCUCGAUGUGCCUCUCAACGACAUUAUAGGGUGACGUGCAAGUAUGGAUGUCUGUCCCUGUUGACUCUGGUGCCUGUUCCUUCAACCACCUUGAUCACAAGACGACUAUUCCAAGAUGGGCGGAGCCCUCGAUAAUCCUCCGACAUAUCCAGACCUUCUCACUUACAGCACUGCGGUUGCUUGGUCGCCCAGUUGGAGAAAUAGAACCAAUCAAGGACAAAGACCGGUUACCAGACACAAGUAUGAGUUAUCCACGAACAAGGGGAAGCCUUGGGCGACCCUCGCGUUGACUAACAGUCGUGCGCGAAGUUCGGAACAGAUUCCAACGUUCUUGGAGGGUAAUGAGAUUUCGGGAUCAUUCACUCUCUGCUAGAGGAAGAGGCCAUCGACUUGGUUAGAAUA